CUUCACUCUUACCCCACCAUGUGACUUUCUCUCUCUAAAAUCCUCUCUCUCCAUGUAAAUAUACAUUUCAUUCUCUGAGCUUCCGUUUCCUUCUUAUAUAUACUCUUUCAUUAGUCGACAAAACAAGAAAUGUUAACCACACAGUAACCUCUGAAAACACUUCUCUCUUAUUCUCUGUCUCGAAGUUUUUGAGAUUUGGGUUAUGAAGAAAUGGGCUGCCCUCAAUUGCGGAAAUUCGUGUUAAAUCUUGUUUGAUGUAGACAGAGAUAGAGAGAGAAAGAGAGAAACGAACAGCAAAUGAAGCUCUUGUUUGUGACCUCUUCAUUAUGCUUCUUCUUGGUGUUCUUGGGCUUCGUCUCAGCUGAGAAGGGAGCCAUUAAAGAUCGUCGCGAAUUCAUCUUAGGGCAAGAGAAUUUGGGGCCAUGGAAGAACGAAAUCUCGGCGCUUGCUGAAGCCCCAGGCCCUGCAAGCGAUGUACGACCUCAGACCACCCUCGUGUUGGCGGCAAACAGGACAAACAGACCGGACAUUCUUCGUGGUUUUAAGAGGUAUCGCGGCGGCUGGGACAUCACCAGUAAACACUACUGGGCUUCCGUCGGAUUUACUGGUUCAGCUGCUUUCAUUCUCUCCGUUCUUUGGUUCGUUUCUUUUGGCAUAGUUCUUGUGAUUCAUCAUUGCUGCGGGUGGAGGAUAAACAUUAAGGGUGAAGGAUCACACCUUUCACAAAAGAUCUGUCUAACCUUGCUUUUAGUCUUCACCUGCGCUGCAGCGAUUGGAUGCAUCCUUCUUUCCAUUGGGCAGGACGAAUUUCAUGGCGAAGUCUUGCAUACUCUGAAUUACAUUGUAAACCAAUCAGACUACACCGUGCACAUCCUGAGAAAUGUCACACAGUAUCUGUCCCUCGCAAAGGAUAUUAAUGUAGCACAGGUCUUCCUCCCUUCGGAUAUCAUGGAUGAUAUUGACAAGUUGAACGUGGAUUUAAAUAACGCAGCAGAUACACUGACGGAUAAAACAAGUGAAAAUUCUAUCAAAAUAAAAAGAGUCUUCAAUCUUGUGCGUUCGGCUUUGAUCACCGUGGCAGCAGUAAUGCUUGUCCUGGCUCUGAUUGGUCUUGUUCUCUCUGUCCUUGGUUAUCAACAUGCAAUCCAUAUAUUUAUAAUCAGUGGAUGGUUACUUGUGGCUAUUACAUUCAUUCUUUGUGGAGUUUUCGUAAUCCUCAACAAUGCGAUAUCCGACACUUGUUUGGCUAUGCAAGAAUGGGUAGAAAAUCCCCAUGCAGAAACAGCUCUUAGCAACAUCCUUCCUUGUGUCGACCAAAAAACGACAAACCAGACACUCACUCAGAGUAAACAAACUAUCAAUGGCAUUGUUAAUGUGGUGAACCAAUUCAUCUAUACCUAUGCCAAUGCAAAUCCCUCCGAGGGUGCUCCUUAUUCCUACAACCAGUCUGGACCUUUGAUGCCUCCUCUUUGUUACCCAUUUGACUCUCAUUUGCAAGAUAACCAUUGUGGGGAUCGAGAGGUGUCCAUUGCGAAUGCUUCACUGGUAUGGCAGAACUGUACAUGCAAAGUGUCAUCAACUGGAAUUUGUACCACAGUUGGAAGAGUGACCCCUGAUGUCUACACACAGCUGACAGCAGCAGUUAAUGAGAGCUAUGCCCUUGAGCACUACACCCCUCCUUUACUGAGCCUUCAGGAUUGCAAUUUUGUCCGCGAUACAUUUCGAAAUAUCACCUCGAGUUACUGCCCUCCAUUGGACCGUUAUCUCAAGACGGUAAAUGCAGGGUUGGCCAUGAUUUCUGUUGGGGUCUUGCUCUGCCUUGUUCUCUGGAUUCUCUAUGCAAACCGCCCCCAAAGGGAGGAAGUGUUUGUGAAACUAUCUUCAUUAAUAAAAGGCAGGAUCGGCAAGGGCAGUUUGAACAGUAAUAAUAGGGACAAUCAUGCGCCAUCAAAUAUACUAGAAGUGUGAGACCGUAUAGUGAAAAUAAGUAGAAAGAUUAAGAAUUCCGAUAUAUGUAGUUUUUUGCAGAGUGAAUGUAAAAUUGAAAAAAGAAAGAAAUCAAAGUGGGGCGAAGUUCCAUUUUGAGUUGAGAGUUAUUGGUCUAUUGACUCUAUUCUAGUGUAAGCUGUUAAUAUAUAGUAAAGAAAAAUGCAUUAUAGAUAUUGCUC